UUCGCUCGCCCGCCCCGCACCUCUUCUCCUUCUCCUUCUUCCACUUCCACUCGAGCCAGCGAGCAAAGCAGUACGCCGAGCGGAACACCGUCGGACCCCGCUUGCGCUUUUGCUGCAAAGCUCGCUGAGGAUCGUUGUUAAUAUUAUUAUUAUUAUUACCGAGCCGAGCUGCUGUAGAAAAAAAAAACUGGCGCAACUAUGCGCCACACUCUCUUUCGCGACUCCUAUUUAUGACGAUAACCACGACUUUUUCCUUUCUAUUUGCUUUUCUUGGCGCUCCUCUGGAUGCAAACACCUGACAACCACCCACCGAAUGUAGUCUUUAAGGUGACUCCAUGAGCCAGCGAUGGAGACCAAAAGAUACCAAAGUCUCUUUGAGGGGAGCGAUACAGAGAACAGGUGGUCUCAGAUCCCCAGUACCAUGGAGUUCGGCUGUGCCGUUGAGGACUCCGGCCUGGACAUGGCCAAUGUCGCCGACCCCAAAGCGGGCGGCGCCAAGAAGCCGGAGCAGCCGGCGCUUCGUCCCGGGCCGAACCAGCACUUCGGCCCGCCACACAUCAGCAACUGCUCCCUGCAUGGUGCCAAACCGGAAAUGGACUCCAAGGAGCUUUCCAAAACCGUGGCCGAGUCCAUGGGCCUUUACAUGAACGCUGCCAGGGAGGCGGACUUUGCCUUCGGCCAGCACGGGGGCUCGUCCAGCCCUGGGAAAAUGCAGUACCCGGUAUGCGGGCGCCCUCUCGGGGACAGCCAGCGUGGCUCGGCCAAGAGCCCCAAGCUGAAAGGGUUUGCGUUCCCGCCGCCAAGCGGAGGAGACGGCACCGUCGGCGCCCCGGCGAGCUCCGCUUCCAUGCUAGCCUCGUCGCUGUCCGGCAGCCCCCAAACUUCCAGCCCGGGGGGCGGUAACAACAUGGUGUCGUCGACCACCACCAGCCCCCCGGCGGGUUUCGGCCCGGCGUGCUCGCCUGUAAGCCAUCCGGCCCUGUCCGGAGCCAGGCGCAGGAAUCCGUCGGCGUGCAGCCCUGUGGAGUCGAGCACGGUGGGCUCGCCGCCCCUGCUGAGGUCCCCCAUGUCCAGCCCUCGGAGCAUGAUGAGCGUGAGGUCCCCGCAGACCUGCAGCGUCAGGUCCUCCGCUUCCAGCCCCGCCGCCGUCCGGCCCCCCGCCUGCAGUCCGGCCAUGGCCAUCGGAAGCCCGCAGAACCCUUCCUCGGGAGGCUUCCCGGCGCCCAGUCCGACCGGCGAACUGGGUUUGGCGCGGGGUGACACCCGUAGCCCCGAGGCCACGGCUCUGACCGACGAGCUGGACUUCAAGCCCUUUGAGUUCCCCAAGGUGGAGAUGGUGGAUGGCGAGGUGUUCAAUGUGGGUUUGGACCAGAUGGGCAUGGUGAAGUACAUCAAGAACGAGCCCGGGACUGAUUUUCGGAGCAUGUGCUUGGGCGGCUCCAAAUGCAACACCUCCAGUGUGCCGUUUAUCACGCAAAUCAAGAACGAACCCGACAAAAGCGACGGGUGCAUGAACGCGCAGUCCUACGGCGAAGAGUCUCCGCCGCUCGGCCUCUUCCCCGCGUCCGAGACCACCUACUUGUCCCUGAGGAAUAACGUCGAUGAAUACAGCCUCUCCGGAAUCUUGGGACCGCCGGUGUCCCUCAACGGGAAUUACGACGCCGACGUGUUCGCCAAUGACGUCCUGUCCAAAGGGGUGAAGCAAGAGUCCAGUGACGGCGACUACUACCAGGAGAGCAACGGCGUGCCCGCCUCGGCCAUUGUCGGAGUUAAUUCCAGCGGACACUCAUUCCAUUACCAGAUUGGCACGCAGGGAACAAUGUCCUUUGCGCGGCACGACGUCCGGGACCAGUCCAACCCCUUGUUGAAUCUAAUAUCGCCGGUGGCGGCCUUGAUGGAGUCGUGGAAGUCGCGUCCGGGCAUGCCGCAGGGCUCGCUGUCGGCCCGGGGCGACGGAUACCCGGGUCAGAACUGCAUCAGUGACGGCAUGGUCAGCUCGCCGCUGAGGCAACCUUCCUCGACGGCCAAGGUGUGCCUAGUGUGCGGGGACGAAGCGUCGGGCUGCCAUUACGGCGUGGUGACGUGUGGCAGCUGCAAAGUCUUCUUCAAAAGAGCCGUGGAAGGCCAGCACAACUACCUUUGCGCCGGGAGGAACGACUGCAUCAUCGACAAGAUCCGACGGAAAAACUGCCCGGCGUGCCGCGUGCGCAAGUGCCUCCAGGCCGGGAUGAACCUCGGAGCUCGUAAAUCCAAGAAGUUGGGCAAGUUAAAGGGCGUCGGCGACGACCUGCAAUCAACCAAGGAGAGCCAGCCGGCGGCCGGCGUGGACUUCCUGUCGUCGGAGAAGGAGCUUAACGCCAACGCCGCCAGCGCUGCCUUGAUGCCCCGCGGGGCCAGCGUGGUCACACCUUUCCUGCCGCCGUCCAUCUGCAGCGUGCUGGAGCUCAUCGAGCCCGAAGAGGUGUACUCGGGCUUCGAUAACACGCAGCCCGACACCACCGACCACCUGCUGUCCAGCCUCAACUGCCUGGCCGGCAAGCAGAUGGUGCGCAUGGUCAAGUGGGCCAAAGUACUUCCAGGUUUUCGGGGCCUGCCCAUCGAGGACCAAAUUACGUUGAUCCAGUACUCGUGGAUGUGCCUGUCCUCGUUUUGUCUCGGCUGGCGCUCCUACAAACACACCAACGGACAGCUGCUCUACUUCGCCCCUGACCUCAUAUUCAACGAGGACCGGAUGCAGCAGUCUGCCAUGUACAGCCUUUGCCUGGGCAUGAGGCAGGUGAGCCAGGAGUUUGUUCGGCUGCAGCUCACCUACAACGAGUUCCUCUCCAUGAAAGUCCUGCUGCUUCUCAGCACAAUUCCCAAAGAGGGUCUGAAGAACCAGGCGGCGUUCGAGGAAAUGCGAGUUAAUUACAUCAAGGAGCUCCGGCGCUCCGUGGGGAAGGCAACCAACAACUCGGGCCAGACCUGGCAGCGCUUCUUCCAGCUCACCAAGCUACUGGACGCCAUGCAUGGUCUGGUGGCCAACCUGCUGGACUUCUGCUUCUACACCUUCCGCGAGUCGCGAGCCCUGAAGGUGGCGUUCCCUGACAUGCUGGUGGAGAUCAUCAGCGACCAGAUACCAAAGGUGGAGUCGGGACUCACCCAUACCAUCUACUUCCACAAGAAGUGACGGGGGGCCCCCACCCCCCAAAAAAAU